AGAUAAACAUAAACAGUACUUCUCUGGUCGCCAUAAUUUUUAGAAAAAUAAAUCGGGGAAAGACCGAACGGGAACUGCUCGCUGCAGAUAAGGGGAAAAAAUUUAUAUCAAGUGACUAAUGCAACACGCAUACUUACAAAUAGCAUAUCUUGAAGUAAUAAAAAUAUUAAAUUGUGCUGAGUUCUUUUGAAAGCUACAAAUCUCCCUAAAGAAGUAUAUAUGAGAGUGGAUCAUGGAUAGCUGUACAAUUUCCAAAUAUGGUAUCGUAAAUCGAAAGACUAAGCUACGCAUGCACUAUAGUUCUGAGAUACCUCCCGAAAAGGGUGUAUGCCGAGAUAGUAACAGUGACGAACUCGAAGUUCCUGCUGGAACUUUAAUAAAAUAUUUUCAAACAAAUGGGCCAAUUAAAUCGGGGUUCAAAGUCUGGAGCACAGUGCAAGUGCGUGAUUUCAUUAAUUCACGCCCAAUCUAUGAAAACCUUUAUGAAUGUCCUCUAAGUAAUUUGACAAAAGUGGAUGAAAAUCUAUGGCCCUUUGUAAUCGGCAUUGUGGAUCCAGACGAACGAUUGCGCUUGAUAAUUAACACCGACCAUUGCAAAUGGUUUCUUUAUUUGAAAGAAAAUAGUUUAGUGAGCGUGCCCGGUGAAAUGUUUUUGAAACCGGGGUUACGAUUCGAUUGUAUAGUGCGCUACAUUGGACCAGUGAAAGAAUUGCAGAGUGUGGGCUACUUCUUCGGACUGGAAUUGCUGCAUCUUGAGAGUGGUAACUCCCCACAAGCUGACAAUAUACCCUUCUCUAAAGAAUAUAUUGGAUGUGAACCACAUCUGGCUAUUUUUGCAACAGCAAAUUAUAUCUGUAACAUUCCAAAGGACGUCCAGAAAAAAUUCUCAGCGCGCGAAUUUAUUUCUGGUACAUUUGAGAAAUUAAAAUCUGCGAUUGGACCAACAAGCAGUGUGACUGGCUGCAUUGGUAGUAAUAGCUCAUCACCAAAGUGGAAUAAAGCAACAAAAGGAAAGGGAAAGGAAUCGACAUCGCAGUUCUACGAUAAUUUAAGGGAUGCCAUACUUUUAAGCAAAAACGAAAUGGAUACCAAAAGCGAAUCGUCAAUUGUGGCGCAGGCAGCUGGUGGCGAAGAUGGCAAACAGGUGGAAAAUUAUGAAAGAAGCUUAGAGCGGAAAAGUACAAACACUGUUCAAACACAAACACAGCCUCAAUCAGGCAUACUGAAAAAUAAAAACAGCAAGGACCAAAUUAAACCAUCGCAUGUGCUGGCGUUCGGAGGUCCCGACAUUGUGGUGAUUGAUAAUAAAGACAUAGAUGAGUCCGUGCGAAACGAAGGUGAAGUAAUAGUAUUGCAAAAAACACAAGAUGUUGAUCUCGUUGAGUUGUUAGGUAGUGAUUGGCCAAAAACGGCAGGCGAUGCCGCUGCGAUGCUAAAUCAACAAAAAUAUCAAAAUUCUACUCUAACACGUCAAUCGUCAACUGGAGGUAGUGGUUGCAAUGACAGUAGCAAUACCGGCACAUAUAAACGCAGUCGUAAUAAAUCAUCAAAUCCAUUAUCACAUAUAGGUGCUGCAAGUAGCAGUAAUGCGAAGAAAAUGAAUGACUAUGUGAGUGGACCAAACAAAAGUGGUGAUAUGAAAAUUCAGAAUGCCUACGAUGCAACUAAUACCCUAUUGCCCGCAGUGUUGGAUGCGGAUUUUACAGAAUCGCCUAUGCAGGAACUCGAAGAUACUGGUCUGGGCGUUGGUUCCAUGGUAGAAGUGAAUGAUCCGGAAUCCGAUAGUCAUUUGUAUGGUGUCAUACGCUGGAUUGGUGUACCGCCUGGAUCGCAUCCAGUUAUGGUUGGCGUGGAGUUAGAAGAAGACUAUAUCAAUAAGCAACUUAUAACAACGGACGGCGGCUUCAAUGGAAUUUCUCUUUUCAAAUGUCCUGUUGGUCGUGGAUUAUUUGUUACUCCCGACCAGUGUUCUUGUGAUAGACGCUUCCUGGCAGAAGAAGGUGCCAUUGGAAAUGAUGUGAGUGUUGCCAACAACAAUUACAAAACAAAGCAAAUGAAUGGAACACAGGAUGAACAGCAAACAUUCGGUCAUAUGGACUGUCCAGUUGUACCAGGAGCAAUCGCACCCAUAAAAUGUUUCAGCUCAAAAGAUUUGGAAGAAUUAUGCGGAAAAUUCAAGGGAAUUCAAGGACACCACAACUCCUGUUAUUUAGAUGUCACACUAUUUUCCAUGUUCACAUUCACACCAGUGUUCGAUGCUGUUCUCUAUAGACCCCCCGAAAAAGAGGACAUCAGCAGUUAUGCCGAAGUUCAAACUGUUUUGCGCGAGGAAAUCGUAAAUCCAUUGCGUAAAAAUAUGUUCGUUAGGGCUGAUCGUGUUAUGAAAUUGCGACAGCUACUGGACAAGCUAAGUUCCGUCAGUGGUUUGACCAGCGAAGAGAAAGAUCCUGAGGAAUUUUUAAACUGUAUACUAGCGCAAAUACUAAGAGCCGAGCCGUUUUUGAAGUUAAAUUCGGGCCAAGAUGCUUACUACUACCAGCUGUUUGUUGAGAAAGAUGAUCGCCUGUCAUUUCCUAGUGUGCAGCAACUAUUUGAACAGAGUUUCUAUACGUCAGACAUCAAACUGAAGGAAGUUCCCUCGUGUCUUAUUAUACAAAUGCCCAGAUUUGGUAAAAACUACAAAAUGUAUCCACGUAUAUUACCAUCGCAAGUUCUGGAUGUCACCGAUAUAAUUGAAGAUUCUCCUCGCCAAUGUUCGGUUUGCGGAAAAUUGGCAGAGUUUGAAUGUCGUGAUUGCUUUGGCGUCUUGCAAAGUGGAGUUGGUCUGGAAUCUACAUCCUUCUGCCCAAAGUGCCUCGAAACUGUGCAUAUGCAUGUUAAAAGAUCGAAUCAUAAGUAUCGAGAGCUUUCAGUGCCUCAAGAUUUUAGAGUAAUGGCAAAUCAUAUGACAGUACCACGUCUCUAUAUGGAACUCUUUGCCGUUGUUUGUAUUGAAACAUCCCAUUAUGUGACAUUCGUAAAGGCUGGUUCUGGACCCGAUGCCCCUUGGUGUUUUUUCGAUUCCAUGGCCGAUAGAAAAGGUGAACAGAAUGGCUAUAAUAUUCCUGAAAUGAUCACCGUUCCCGACCUACCGCAGUGGCUUUCGGAGGAAGGAUCUCGUAUUGUGAAUGAGACAUCUGCGAAUGAUAAAAUGCUUCCCGAACAUGCCAAGCGACUAUUUUGCGAUGCCUACAUGUGCAUGUACCAGAGUACAGAUGUUAUGAUGUAUCGUUAAUUAUUUUUUUGUUUUCAACGUUUUUUUUUUUUUUUUUUUUUUGGGAAAAUUUUGACAAUUUUUCCCUGUGGAUGCUUGGAGUUAUCUUCAUAACAGAAUAGUUGCUAUUCUUUCAAUUCUACACAUAUGUAUGCAAAUUACAAUAAAGGCGUUAUCUGUCUGUAA